UUUGUGUUAAUCGAAAGUGCGUGCCAAGUGUUUUUAUUGUUUAUGCCUUUAUAUUUUGAAUCACAGUUUUUUCCAAUUCUAUUUUGAGACAUUUUGGAAUUAUUUCCUUUUAGUAGUACUACUACGUUUUGUUUAAUACGUUGUUAUCGAACUUUGGGUUUUAAAAGUGAAGACAAGUUUCGAAGGCAUAAAAAUCUAAUUAGUUCGUGAAGCUUCCAUGCUCCUUCAAACAGAAUGGACGAUAUUCUUAACCAACCUAGUUCAUCGAAAGGCAGGCAAUAGCCUCCGGGCCGGCAGCCGCGGGCAGCGCGAAUCAUGACGCGCUUUAGCCACGUCAGUGCGCCUAACGCGAGCUCGGCACCGCCGUAUGAGCUGACGGCGAGCGCGGGCAGCUGCGCCGACGCGGGCGGCGCGCUGCUCCCCGCACAGCCGCACCAGCCACACUCCUCGCAGCCGCGUCAUGACCCGCGCAAGAGAAAGGACAAGCACUUUGGCGCUGACCGCUUCGAGAUGUCCAGCUGCGAACCGAACCUGCACGCCACAGCCAUACCCUCCUCGCCGAGCUCCAAUCGUAAACGCAAGGGAUCAUCUUACGGAGCCGGCAGCGCGUGCGGCGACGACGACGGCGACGACGACACUCGCUCCACCCUUACAAUGCCCGACAAGAAACAAAACCACUCCGAGAUAGAGAAACGGCGCCGCGACAAGAUGAACACAUACAUAACGGAGCUGAGCGCGAUGAUCCCGAUGUGCGGCGCAAUGGCACGCAAGCUGGACAAGCUGACAGUGCUGCGCAUGGCCGUGCAGCACCUGCGAUCGGUGCGCGGCGCGCUGUCCGCCUGCCCCCUCACCGCGCGCCCGCGUCCCGCUUUCCUGUCCGAGCGCGAGCUUAAUGAACUCAUCUUGCAAGCAGCGCACGACUGUUUCUUGCUCGUGGUUGGUUGUGACCGAGGCAGACUUUUGUACGUGUCCGCCUCCGUUAAGAAGAUGCUCCAAUACGAUCAAUCGGAGCUAGUGGGACAAAGUCUGUUUGACAUCCUGCAUCCAAAAGACGUGGCAAAAGUGAAGGAGCAACUAUCUUCCUCCUACCUCAGUCCUCGGGAACGACUUAUCGAUGCAAAGACGAUGUUGCCAGUAAAGGCAGACCUGGUGGCAGGCGCGUCGCGGCUAUGCCCGGGCGCGCGGCGCUCGUUCCUGUGCCGCAUCAAGUGCAAGCUCGACAGCGAGUCGCCGCAGCAGCCCCCGCUCGUCAAGGAGGAAGCCGAUCCCUCCAAGAUGAGGAAGAAAGUCAACGAGAAGAAGUUCUGUGUCGUUCAGUGCACAGGUUACCUGAAGCUGGCAGCGCCGGUGGAGGUGUGCGUGGGGGGCGGCGAGAGCGGCGACGACGGCGACUGCAGCAUGUCGUGUCUGGUGGCCAUAGGACGCGCGCUGCCCGAUCCCGCACCCGCCGCGCCGCGCGCGCCCGCGCCGCCCACGAGACGCUUGCAGUUUGUCUCCAGACACGCCACGGACGGGAAAUUUGUCUUUGUCGAUCAGAGGGUGACGCUGGCGCUGGGGUUCCUGCCGCAGGAGCUGCUGGACACGAGCCUGUACGAGUACGUGGGCGCGGGCGCGCUGGGCGCCGUGGCGCGCGCUCACAAGGCGGCGCUGCUCAGCCGCCAGCCGCUGCUCACUCCGCCCUUCACCUUCCGUCGCAAGGACGGCUCGCUGGCGCGCGUGCAGACGCACUUUAAGCCGUUCAAGAACCCGUGGACUAAAGACAUCGAGUACCUCGUGGCCAACAACACCAUCCUCGGUGAGACCGACGCCGCGCUCAUACCCGACUCAGAGCUUGGCUCUUUCGAUGUCUAUAAACAUAAGGCGAACGUCGCAGAGGCCGGGGCUUCGACCAACGAAGACGCGAGUGACUUUCAGAGUGGGGUUUCAGAACUGGACCUGGAAAUGCAGCGGCUGAUAGAUUCGCAGGUGGACUCGCACAAGAUCGGCAGCGCCAUCGCGACGGAAGCGCUGCGCCGCUCGCCGCCCGGCUUCUCGCCCGACUUGCCGCCCGACGUGCUGCAGGACGCCGUGUUUUUGCAACAGCCGGGCCUGGUGGACAACAUAUUCGGCGUAGAGAUGGGCAACUUUAACCAAGUGCGCAACAAUGUGUCGCUGAGCGCGGCGGGCGGCGAGAGCCCGCCAGUGGCUGGCGCCGAGCUCACGGGAUCACCGCCGUCUGUGUCGCCGCCGCUGCAGUCUCUCGGCCUCGACGGGAACGGUGAGGCCGCCAUGGCCGUCAUCAUGAGCCUGCUCGAGGCUGACGCCGGCCUCGGUGGACCCGUCAACUUCUCCGGCUUGCCGUGGCCGCUGCCUUAAAUUACUCACUUAUUUAUUUUGUACGGUCACCAUUGUUCUCGUGGCCAGCAAAAUACCUUUAUCGUCUUCAAUUUAGAAACUACCUACUUUACAUAGGUAAAGGUAGCUUCUAAUGUUAUCUGUCUUAAGUUAUCUCAUUCGUAGUCCUUCUUAAUUAUUUCUUACCGCCCGAUAAAACGCGGUUUAAGAAUCUUGCCGACUUUCGUAACGAAAAUAAUGUUGACCAAACAUGAGUGACAUAUCAGGUUUUGACAAUUUUUGCUAACGAUAGUUAAAUUUAUCUCGUUAAAAUAAGCGGGAUACUGUACUCAUUAACCGACUUCAAUUUCAAGGACUAGGGUCUGUUUUCAGUUUAGGUAUUUUUUUCUUAUUAGCUAUGGCGCCAGACUGGUGCCCAUAGUCAAGAAUCCGUUACAUCAUGUCAUAUUAAUAUUACUUGUCAUAGUAUCAAGAGAGUAGGUAAUUAAGUCUACAAAGAUUUUAGAUUUGUAGCAAACAAAUAGUGCCACCUACAAUGAUAAGACACGCGCCGUUGAAUGGCGGUUGUCAAUCUUCUGUAUUAACUAGCUGCUAAAAACAAGGUACCUAUAGGUAGAUCAAUUUAACCAUACAUACCUAGACAUUAGAGUAAAUCUUACUGUAUUUGAAAUAAGGGCUUCUUUAGUUGGCCAGACUAUAAUAAGACAAUCAAUAAUAACAUACUCUAGCAACGAGUAUACAAACCUACAACGAUGGAUAUCAUGUAAAUCUAUUAUGUAUUUUACUUUAUAUGUCUCAUCUUAUUUAAUCGUUUUUAUUACGAUAGGUACAGUUUUUGUAAACUGAUUAAAAGUGCGGUAUGAGACACACAACCUUAUGUUAAGGUAAAGAUACUAAAGAUAUAGUUAGUGGAUUGUCAUACAACAUUUUUUACUUUACAAUAUAGUCGUUAUCUAUACCUAUCUAAUGAAUAGGUAGGUACAGUCAUGUGUAAAAAUAUGAGUGCACACAAGUUGCUCAAAAAUACCCAUAGCUCUUAAGUCAGCAAAUUAAGAGCUAUGGGACAUAUUUUUUAGUAAGUUGCGUGGACCCAUAUUUUUACACUUGACUGUACAAUAAGAUAUAUCUAUUGGUUAUAGGCCAGAAUACCGGACGCCUGUGCGUAAACAUGCGCGUUCCGCUGCGUACAAAAAGGGGGAAUUCUCUUAAGACCUGUCACACCGCUUCGUGACGUGAGCUUGAACUUGCACGUAACGGGUGUCUCACGCAUUGCAGCUUGCAGCUCCGAUGAAACAAACCGGCUGCGACAGAGCGGAGCGGCAACGUCCCUUCGAUGCCAGCAGUGAUGACGUUGUAUUUAACGGCGUUCCCUACGAGACGGCGAACCCAGCAGGUUGGACACGCACAGUUCGGUGCUGCGUAUGUGUCACGCGCAGCUCUGGCAACUCUGCCGGUGCGUGUGAAGUUUUGCAUAAUUAGUUCAGACAUAAAAUUGAAACUUUUUGGGAUUGUUCGUGAAUACGAAAGUAUUUAACAUUACAUUAUUGUGAUAUAUUACAAAAAUGUGUCAUAUAAAUAUAGGAAAUUAUUAGGUAUCAAGAGGAUAGUACGAAAAUGGUGGCUACGCUACGGAGCUGCAGCGUGUGCCGUGGAUGUGUGUGCAGGUGUGCGAGGACAUGCGCGUAACCCGCUGUGACGGGUGCUGCACACGUAUAUUGCUUAAGCUGGCCAUACACACUUAGAGUAUACCUGCGCAGUUUUGCCUGUACAGUUCACCUGCACAGGUAAAGCUGUAUAGGAAACUGCACAGUCGAAUGCCACACACGCUUCGUUCUGCCUGUGCAGUUGAUAAAACUGCGCAGGCAUACCCUAGUGUGUAUGGCCAGCUUACGGUAUGUCGACGCAUACUCAAGCGGUGUGGCUGGGCCUUAUAACUAUAAUCGAUCUUAAUACAGGGUGAGAGAGUGGUUUUAAGACCGUUCAUAGUCUUUAGAGGUGAAUGUAUUAUACUGAACUACUCCUUAAUAUUGUUGUUAAAUGUGUCAUUUGGGUACAAUUAGGUAUACACUACUAAGUAACCGGAUAAUUGUAUAGUAAAAUUGAAUGUAUCCUCGGUAACCAGGGUUAGGUAGAUAAAGAUUGUGUACAUAAUUGACGAAGGGCGGUAUAAUGAUGAAAUACUUUUCCACCGUGGGGUUUGUUAUCAUUAUCAAUUCGUAUUUAUUUGGUUAUUCCCACUAGUUACCACCAAGUUGUUACCAGUGGUAACUACUGGUAUUUUUGUGUACAUCUUUUACCACCAAACCAGGUUGGUGGUAACUACUGGGAUUUUUUUCCCAGUAAUUACCACCAAAAUGUUAAUAGAGUUCAAUGCUGAUAAAACCAGUAUAAGUAGUAUUGUAUAAAUAAAGAGUGUUUUAAUAAAUAAUUAUAAGCCGAUUAGUAUUACAAUAAACUGCCUUAAAAGUGGUCAAAAAUAUUAAAACCUGUGCAAGUACAAAAAGAAUAGUUAAUGAGAAAUUAACGUUUGGAUGAAAUUUAUCUUAUUAAUUGUUAACUGAAUUAAUUGUGAAGUUGUCGUUAUCUAUAAAACCUCGUUAUUUUGUCGAGUGCGCUUACGCCGCACUACAUAGCGUUGUAUAUCAAUAUAGAUAGGAGCACUGUUGAUAAUGGCGUAGGCGCCAUCCACAAUAAGGUCCCUUUCAAUAAAUAACGUCACAAAUAUACAAACAAACAAACAAAUCAGUCAAAGACCGACUAUUUUUGAUCACUUUUAAGGCAGUUUACUGAAACAAUAAUCGACUUAUAUAAAAACGAAUUAACUUAUGUUUAAAUCGACUUUUAACUAUUAUUUUAUUAGUAUUGAACGCUAACACAAUUUUGGUGGUAUCUACUGGAAGAAAAAAAAACACCUUUUACCAGGGGUAACUACUGGGAAAGUGGGAUUUUUUGUUCCCAGUAGUUACUAGUGGUAAAAGGUGGGAAUCCCAGUAUUCACCACAGGUAACAACUUGGUGGUAACUAGUGAGAUUAACCCACUUCUUUGCUCGGCCGCUGCUUGUGACUGGUGGUUGGGCAAAUGUUAUCGUUUUAAUGUUUAUUGUUUUUUAUUUUUUAAAUAUUUUUAUUAGAUAAGGAUAAAUAAGAUUAUUAUCAUGAACCAAAUAUGCUUUAGACGAAAAAAAAAUCAUUUCAAUACCGUUUAAAAAACUUAAAACGGAUUAGCUGCUGCUGUGAGUGCUGUAAGUGCUUGACAAUAAUAGAUCACAGAGAUAUCUAUCCAUUACUAGCUGCUAUUUAGAUAAUUUAUAUUAAUGCCUACAUAUAAUGUUUAUAUUAUUUCUGGAGAUUAUGAAACAGAAUAAUAGCAAAAUCAGGUUAUGAAUUUGAUCUGGAUGAACUUAUCUUCAAGCAGAAAUUCAAAUAUUGAUACUGACAGAAUACACAGUUCUUUAACAAAUCCAGAUCUCUAAUUCAUCACCUGUAAUUAACAGCAGAAUAAAUCUACUGGAGCUCAAGUUUGGGUACAUUUUCUCCUUACUAAUAUUUGAACGAAGUUUAUUGCACUUAUGAAUUAGAAUAAAAACACUUUUUUCUAACAAUUCUAGCUACGUAUUGCAAGAAAAAUAUAUCCAAUCGACAAUAUUAUAUGUAUUAUCAUUAUUGUUUUGAAGAGAUUUUAGAAACGCACAACACCUAUCAGUGAACAUUUCUAAAUUAUAAAAAAAUUGAACAAAUAUUUCACGUCGAGUAGAUUUCAUUCGUGUAUACUAUCUAUUAAUUGUAUUGCACAUCAUACUUCGACUUACAAUUAUACUUAACUGUAUUGCAGAAUUUGAAAACACUGGGACCAUUAAAGGGUAGCUGCAGGAUAGUGUUAGGAGUCGUCCAUUUCAAUGUUUUUCUCUUGUAACCAUCCCCAUCGGAUAUCCAGGGAGAUUCAUGACACGCGAACAGGACCAGCCCUACUCACUCAGUAAAUAUUAAUGGAUCCAUCGUAUUUAACCUAUACGAAUCCUGCUGUCAAAAUUUUUUCAUUUACAUAGCGACCAUGACAAAAUGUACAAAGUUAAAUAUAGAGAUGCACUCAUCAGUACCUGUGAAUAGUAAAGGUUAAGAGAAACAACCACAGCUUUUCCCUGGGAAAAAAUAUAAAUUUUUUUUCUCAUACAAAAAGCUUCACCGCCACAUUUUUGGGGACAAUAACAAGACAACGAAAAUAAUUUUGACCCAUUUACUACAAAAAAAACAUGUUUGGUUAAUUUAAAUAUAUAGAACAUAAAAUAACUCAGAUUUAGAUUAAGAGCUGUUCAGGGGAACACCGUACCUACUAAACAUGGCAACGAGUGACAAGGAAUAAUAUACCUACAAAUGUGCAAGUGGCGGAAAGUUCUCAAAAAGUUGGAAAGUUCCCGGAAAUGUUCGCAGGAAAUGUAGGCAACUUUCAUUUCGGAAAUUGUAAAUUUCGAUUCCCAUACUUACAAAAAUAUGACAAGUUUCUGGAAUUUUUCUAGUGUAAAUUUUCCUACGGCACAACAGUAUUUAUGCCGUUUAGUAUAUGUACAUAUAAUUAUUAUUUGUUGUUUUCUGUCUUCGUAUACAAUAAUUAUAAUACUUAAGUACAUGAUAUAUCUGUUUAUUUAUUUAUUGUUAGAAAAAAUACUUAAAAUUUGUAUUUUAACGGUCGUUUUAUCAUUCUAAGAUUAUUUGUGUUAUUAUUUAUUACUUGAUAAGUGCAACUAUGUGCCGGAACUACCAUCUGAUUUAUUUUCAAUUUUUAAUCAACUUUAGUUCCGUAGGAAGACGAAAAUGGUGGGAACAAGAGUGAUGUAGUUAUAUGUAGGUAAAUAGAUAAUAUUUUUUCAUGUUUUAAUAUAUGCAAUCCUACAUGCACCUACGCAUACAUUUAGUGCAAUUUUAUGAUAUUAAUUUACCAACCAAUCGCUACUAUUGUACUUGAGGUCGGGUUUUGUAACAGAUUGACGUUAGAUAAUUUAGUAAGGAAUAAUGCGAUAUGCUUUAGCGUCCACUAAGUUCUGGCUCAUUUUUCUAAACCGGCCCUUUAUAAAACGUAUCAGACAUAUGAGUUAAUAAUUGAUGAUAUACUUGAUACUGUAUUUUUGAUAAUGUUUAUAAAAUGAUUUGAAUCCAAAUUUGUCUCUAUUCUAGCCUUAAAAAAUGUCGCUUCAAUGCUCGCGCUCGUGAAUGUGAACGCGUGAACAUUUCACGACUGGCAUGUUAUUGCAGCUUCUCCCGUGGUGGGGUAAACGGUCAGGUUCGCCCAUUCACACAGGGUCAGAGUACUAGUUUAGGUUAAAUACGAUAAAAUAACUUAGCAUUCACUUGAAUCCGUUUUCUUAACUUCGUUCCAACCGAUUGUUCCACGACACUCGUGCAUUUUUUUUUUUUCGUUUCGUAUAGGAUCGGCUGUUCAUCAGUUAGCCACUAGUACACAAAUAGCCAAGCGAAUUUCUGACGACUUUCGAACGCGACGUUGCCGCUAGGAGCAGCCAAGGGCAUUAGAUACCUACGCACUUGCUUGCCUAUGGCUAUUUGUACGUUAAGUAAAUAGCCAUACAUUUGACGUGCCCCUCCCACGCAAACAUCGGCAGAAAAUUAUUUAAUUAAAAUUUUGUACAGAAAAUUACAGACAAGGAGUCUCCAGUUAGUUAAAUGCUCUAGAAUUAUGAUGAAGUUAAGUGACGUUAAAUGUAAAGCUUUUUAGAAAGUUAUGUAUCGUCGCGAGUAAUUGACGAUGCCUAUAUAGUGACCCAAAGGACUUUACGAAGAUCGCUGGGGUCCCUGAGAAUGUCAAUGACAUCGAUUAUCAUUUUACUAUUAUUUGUUAGUAAUCUUAAAUUUUAAUUGGUUCAGUUUGUUCUUAGUAAAUUUUAUUGUUAAUUUUUAAUUGUUUUCCUAUGGCGAAGUUAAUAUUUUUAUUAAUUUUAAGAUUGCAAUGCGAUUUGAUGUUGAAAUAUGAAUGUUUUGUUGGGGUAGAUGCAAUGAAUAAAAUACAAUUUUUAAUAAAGUUAUACUACAACUACAUUA